AUUCCAGCCGCACAGACCGGAGAGAGCAGCUGAUCCCGGCCGAACCUCCACUCCCCUCAGAGCAAACUUUUUCUUCUGACUUUUUUUUUUUUAACUUCAAGAUUCAUCAGAAAUCUUCCUGAGGAUUAUAUUUGUUUUAGUUCUGAAGAAGAGGGAAGAUAAAMUUCUUUACGUUUUCUAUUUUUUGCUGUUCGAUUCUUCUUGAGUUGGAGCGGGUUAUUAUCAUGUCUGCUGCUCCGGAUCAGAGUCAGAGGUUCUGUGUGCUGUCGUGGGAUCAGGUGCGGCGUUUGGACUCGAUCCUGGGGGAGGCUGUGCCCAUCCACGGCCGGGGGAACUUCCCCACUCUGUCCGUGCAGCCCCGUCAGAUAGUCCAGGUGGUGCGAGCGAGACUGGGGGAGAGAGGAGUGUGCGUUAAGGACGUGAGGCUGAAUGGUUCUGCUGCCAGCCAUGUGCUUCAUCAGGACAAUGGGCUGGGCUACAAGGACCUCGACCUGAUCUUCGGCGUGUCUCUAAAAGACGACCAGGCUUUCCGUCUGGUGAAAGAUGUCGUUCUGGACUGCCUGUUGGACUUCUUGCCCGCCGGAGUCUGUAAGGAGCGCAUCACGGCGCUGACCCUCAAAGAGGCGUACGUUCAGAAACUGGUGAAAGUCUGCAACGACACAGACCGCUGGAGCCUCAUCUCGCUGUCCAACAACACGGGCAAGAACGUGGAGCUGAAGUUCGUGGACUCUCUGCGGCGGCAGUUUGAAUUCAGCGUGGACUCSUUCCAGAUAUGCCUCGACUCGCUGCUUUUGUUCGACCGGUGCUCGGAGACGCCCAUGUCCGAGAGCUUCCACCCUACGGUGAUCGGGGAGAGCGUGUACGGAGACUUYCAGGAAGCCAUGGACCACCUGUGUCAGAGGACCAUAGCCACACGCAGCCCCGAGGAAAUCCGAGGCGGCGGCUUGUUGAAGUACUGCCACCUGCUGGCGCGGGGCUUCACGCCCUCCUCGGAAGCGGACAUGAAGCUGAUGCAGCGCUACAUGUGCUCGCGCUUCUUCAUCGACUUCCCCGACCUCGGCGAGCAGCAGAGGAAGCUGGAGGCCUACCUGCAGAACCACUUCGCCGGCAUGGAGCACAAACGCUACGAGUGCUUGCUGACUCUGCACCAAGUGGUGAACGAGAGCACCGUGUGUCUAAUGGGCCACGAGCGGCGCCAGACCCUCAGCCUCAUCUCCAUGCUGGCGCUGAAGGUGCUGGCCGAACAGAACGCCAUCCCCACUGUGACCAACGUCACGUGCUACUACCAGCCGGCACCUUACGUGCAGGACAUCAACUUCAGCAAUUAUUACAUCGCGCACGUGCAGCCGCCGCAGAUCACGCAGUGCAGUAGCUCGUAUCAGACGUGGCUGCCCUGCAGCUGAGCCGCGGCCGCGCCGCUUUUUCCAAGGAGGCGGACUUAAAUCAGAGGAGURAAAUUUGCCAAAUGUGACUUGACUUAAAACAAUCCUGUACUGCUGUGCAUCUGAUUGAACAGACACAAAUAAYUGCGCUUCAUUUACCUCGGAAGUUGGAGCAGGAAUCUGGGGGAUUAUGUCCCACGGUUCAAGCGUUGCAAGUCAGAAAUCAAGCGCUAAUUGUUGCUCAAUGGCSGGGCUAAUAUUAGCAACUCAAGUCAGUGAUUUAUUCUGCCACAUUUUUGCAUUCAAACACUGUAGCAACAAGUUCAUUCAUUCUGCAUACAACAGAUUUACUGGAAUUCAAGUUGACAGAAGUGCAAAUAAUGGCUCAGCACUAUAGCUAUCACCAGACCUGCAGCCAUGUUGGAUUUUGAAGCCAGGGCCAGUGAGAAUCCCUCUGCGCUCCGGUUGUUUUUUCUGACUUGGAACGAGAAAAAUCCAACUUCUGCGUAAAAAUUGAACGCACUGAAAAUCUCCCGUUUUUGUCUUGAACAUCUGAAAGAUUGCUGGUCAUUUCUGAGAUGUAGCUUUAAUAUCUUAUUUAAGUAUUAAAAGUCUUUAAAAAAACUUUAUAUAUUUCACACAAAAACUGUUUUGAACAACAUUGAUUGAUUAUUAUUGGUUAUUUUCAUACUUUUUUCUUAAAUCCCGUGUUGGACCAAAGAUCUAUUUGCUGCUCUGGAAAAAAAAAAGUUAUAAUUCCUGGUGCCUAUAAAGAACCACAAAAACAUCUGUAAAAAGUGAGAACUGUGAAUUCAAUCUUUUUCUAGAUCACUUUGUUUCUCUUUUUUUUUUGAAAAAAUAAAAUGAAGUUUGCUGCAAUUUAAAAAGAAAAAAAAAAGAAGGGAAAAACCCAAAUCUUUGUUUUGCACUGUGGUUAUUUUGUGUUCACUUUGUUCCAUAAUGAUUGUUGACGUUUCACCGUAUGUUUUUUUCUUUUUUUAAGUCUGCAUUUGGUUUAAAGUGGUUAUUAUCUGAGCUGCUUCGCCAGCCUCUCAGUCAAGUUGUAAACUGUCACAUGGUCUCAAUAAACAUCACGUUUUUCAUGAAAUCUGGGAAACUCUGGCUGAAAAACA